GGCUGGCAAUUGUGAUCACACCCGGCGAAAAAGAAUCUUUUGGUUCAUUUAGGCUAGAAAUGGGGCUACGUAAAAUCUAAAAUUAUCUUAAUUUUCAUCAUAAUUUGUCUAGACAGUUUCUAUCCACUUUCCAGUACGCAUAACAUCUCAUUCAGUGGGAAAUCGCGAACAAAUUUACUGUCUACCUUUUGGUCAUUAAACUGGGAUUGCUAAACAGUGUUUACCGACAUAUUCGAUAGUACGCGAAGGCAACGGAACUGCUCCUCCUGACGCGCACGGAAACACUGUAAUCGACCACAUAGCAACAUUUUUAACGUAAGCUACACAUCAACGGAGGCUGACAACCAAUGACACGACUUUUGUCAAAAUAACCCCCGAAUUCAAGAAAAUGGUACCAGAAUUAUCCAACCCGUCAGUGUGUAUGAAGGACCCUCAGAGGGUACAGGAGAUCCUGCAGUCCAUGGUGAAGGCUGGCUCCAACACUCUGCAGGUGAUCUCGGAUUUUGACAUGACGCUAACGAGAUUUGAAUACAAUGGCAAGAGGUGCCCUACCUGCCACAAUAUUCUUGACAACAGCCGCCUGAUCUCCAGUGACUGCAGAGACAAGCUGAAGGACCUGCUGGACACAUACUACCCCAUAGAGAUCGACUCUUCACGGUCAGUAGAGGAAAAGCUGCCCCUUAUGGUGGAAUGGUGGACUAAAGCCCACGAGCUGCUGGUACAGCAGAAGAUUAGGAAAGACCAGCUGGCCGUGGCGGUUCAGGAGUCUGAUGCCAUGCUGAGGGAGGGCUACCAGCUCUUCUUUGACCACCUGCAGGAGCACAGCAUCCCUCUGCUCAUCUUCUCUGCUGGAAUUGGAGACAUCCUGGAAGAGGUGAUUCACCAAGCUGGCGUCUUCCACUCCAACGUCAAAGUCUUCUCCAACUACAUGGACUUUGAUGAAUUUGGAGUCCUGAGGGCUUUCAAGGGUGAGCUGAUCCACAUCUACAAUAAGAGGGAAGGCGCGCUGCUCAACACUGGCCAUUUCCAGGAGCUGCGGACGCGGCCUAACGUGCUGCUACUGGGAGACUCUCUUGGAGAUCUGAACAUGGCCGACGGGGUGCAAGAUAUGGAGAACAUCCUCAAGAUUGGAUUCCUCAAUGACAAGGUGGACGAGAGGAAACAAUCUUACUUGGACUCUUAUGACAUUGUUUUGGUAAAAGACGAGACCUUGGAAGUCCCUAAUGCUGUUCUGCUCUACCUCACUGGUAAUAAGUGAACUGAGAAUACCACUGGACACUUGGUAUCGGACUCUCUGGUACAUCCCACCCAGAAAAUGCCAGCUUAUGUUUUUUUUUUUUUUCUACAACCAUCUAAGAAUGUGUCAUUCUUGUUUUAUAAAACUAUUCACAAGUCCUCUUGACAGUCGCAGCUCACCCACAGCACCCUUCUAUAUCUUUGUUCUUUGGCCCUCCUCUCACUGUUUUUGGAUCAUACUGUAUGUGACAAAAACCAGAUUUGCACUGUCCACCUGCUGUACUGCAUGUAAACUGUGUGUUCAUGCAGGGGAAGGUUGGUGUCGUCAGACAGUUUCAGUGGUGUAUGACAUAAUGAUAAAGGGAAAGAAACACGCACAACAUAAAUGGCAGCACCUGACCCUGUCUUUGGUUUGAAACCGAUUUCCAGACUCUUACAAUAAAGCGGUUUUUAGUGAAUUUUAUCCUGCAACUUGAAAUUUUUAAAAAAUGUUUUUAACAUUUCUCACAGUUUCAAGUCCUUCAGUUUCUGGUCACAUUGUUCAGCACCAGUACAAGGUGUUUUUUUUUAAUGGAAACUGUGGGGCUUUUUUCUAAUUAACACCACAGUGCUACUCAGCUCUGAGGACCACAUUUGAUAAAAGUCAAGGUGAACAAAACAGAAACAGAAAUAAAAAAAAAAAGUAUGACACAGGAUUACAACAUGACGUGACAUCUGUCACUUGUGGACAACGUGCCAUAGUCAGUUGUGCAUUUUUUGGUCUAAUAGCUAAACUCAUCUUCUCUUCACAUGUUACAACUUGUCUGCAAUAAAAUGUGGUUUCAUCUCUUUCUGA